AUUUGUUUUGGUGAGGGACAGAGCGAGGUCUUCUGUUAGGAAAAAAAUCGAUGGCAAGAGUUCUCAAGAACCGAUUGGAAUAUCGCCUUUUGACUCGGAAUGUUGACUCACUGAGCCGACUCUCUUCCUUCUUCGCGAGCACGAGAUCUCUGAAAACCCUAGCCUACGAAGAGAUACGGAACUCGGACAAUCGGCCGUACGAUUCUACGGCCAUCGUCAUCCAUGGCCUCCUGGGCUCCGGCCGCAACUGGCGAUCCUUCUCUCUCUCCCUCGCUUCUUCUCUCUCCGCCUUCUCCGGCUCCGAAUGGAGGAUGGUGUUGGUGGAUUUGAGGAACCAUGGAAGAUCGACUGAGGUUGAAGGGCUUGAUCCGCCGCAUGAUCUUGUGAGUUCCGCAAAGGAUGUGGCUGAUUUGGUUAAGGGAAGUGGGUGGGAUUGGCCUGAUGUUGUCGUUGGUCAUUCCUUGGGAGGCAAGGUUGCUUUGCAGUUCUUGGAGAGCUGUAUCAAUGGAGAUUACGGUGAAUCCGCUUCACCUCCUAAGCAGCUUUGGGUGCUUGACUCUGUUCCUGGAGAAGUGAAAUCAGAGAACAGUGAUGGUGAGGUAGAGAAAGUUCUGCAGACAUUGCAGAGUUUACCUUCGCCGAUUCCAUCACGCAAAUGGCUGGUUGAACACAUGCUGGAGCUGGGGUUUUCGAGAUCAUUGUCCGAAUGGAUCGGAAGCAAUCUCAAGAGAUCUGGAGACACACUUACAUGGGCGUUUAACCUCGAAGGAGCUAUCCAAAUGUUCAGUUCUUACAGGGCGACGUCCUACUGGUCUUUGUUGGAGAACCCACCAAAAGAUACAGAGAUAAAUGUCGUAAUGGCAGAGAAGAGUGACAGAUGGGACCCCGAAACGAGCGAGAGGCUCGAAAGGAUCGGUAAGAGUGGACAGGAUUCGUCAACAGGGAAGGCGUCAACUCAUCUUCUGGAGAAUUCAGGACAUUGGGUCCACGUAGACAAUCCAAAGGGACUUCUUGAGAUCAUUACGCCAAACUUCUUGUCCCUUCAGAAGAAAUAGAAGAAGGUAAAGCUCUCUCUCUCUCUCUCUCUCUCUCUCUCUCAUCAAUUCUUCUUCUCAAGACCAUUGGUAUUUCUACAAGAGACAAAUUAUUGAGUGUCGUGGGAAUAACGUGGUAUUCGACUCUAUGCAAAAAGAUAAUAUCCACUAUUAUAGUGUUCCUUUGAAGUGGCAAUGCCACACUACUUGCGAGUUGUAAUUACUCAAAUUGUUGGGAAUUCCACACUAACAUGGAGUGUAUAUAAGUUUAAACAAUAUGCAUGUUAUUAAGCAUUGCUAUUAA